AUGGCGGGUUCCAGCGAUAGCCCCUCCACCCGCCAUCUUAGGUGCAGGGAAAGGCGGAAGUGGUGGGCGGGGUCGCACAGAUCCCCACCCACUCCAGGCUGGAAACGGAAGAGGUCCCGCAAGACAGGGCUUCUCUCGGUGACGUUUGUACUCUAUGUUGGCGGUCGGACGCAUGCGCCGCUUGGGAGGGCAGGCGCAGUGCUGCUGGAGGGGGAGCCGCUAGUAGCACCUGUGCCCAGGUGCUGGGGGGACCCUACCAGUACCCCAAAACUCUCUGUGGACACCUGCAAGGUGGCAGCCUCACGCAACACAGAUGAGGAUUUGGAGGAGGAGGAGAAUGCGCAGCAGGAAAGUGGAGAAUCCGUUCUCCCCGGCAGCCAGGACCCUCCCAGGGCCUAUUGUUCCCGGACCCUGAAGGUGGAGAAGGCACCUCUGGGAAGCAGUUCAUCGCAGCUUCAGUCUUGGACUGUUCAGCCAUCUUUUGAAGUGAUUCCAGCUCAGCCACAGCUAGUGUUUCUUCAUCCAGCCAUCUCCCCUCCCAUUAACCCUCAUCUUGUUGGUGAAAAGAGAAUUGACUCUACUAAUUACCUGCCCAUCCUGAACUCCUAUGCAAAGACAGCACCACAUCCCUGCAAAAGAGAUCGUGUCUGGGAUCUGGAGGAAAGAGGGAGAACCAGUGGACAGAAAUGGCUUUGCACAGAUACUAACUACUGUGUCCAGUAAGACUAGUUUAUUGCCCCCUAGUGCUUGCCCCCAAGUAUCACCAGACUUUAAGCCUGCUCAGGACUCUACUCAGCAGAGUUCUUCAGCUGUGAUGGCAAGUGGAAAAAUGUCAACUAUUGAUGGCUUUCAGUAUAUUUCUACUGACAAACAAAAGGCCCCAGCUUUGAUUCCCUUUUCUCCUACUGGACUCCUCCAGAUAUCAGACUGCAGAUCUCCUGAGAUGGAGAAUCCAGUACAUCAUAUGGUGCAGUUAGCAACCUGCAGCCCACCUUUGGCAGCAGAAGAACUUUAUACUACUCCUGAGCUAUCGUUGCAGCAGCAACGCAAGCGCAAGCGCUUUCAGAAUACCUUUGUUGUGCUGCACAGGUCUGGAUUGCUGGAGAUCACCUUGAAAACCAAGGAGCUGAUUCAUCAGAACCAGGUAACCCAGAUUGAACUGGACCGGCUGAAGCAGCAAACACAGUUGUUCAUGGAGGCAAUAAAGGGCAAUGCUCCUCAGGCCUGGGCAGAGCUAGAGGCAUCUCUAACGGGGUCAGAUAAAGCUGACAGCAGCCUUGAGGCUUCUCCUACAUAUCCCAACAUGUAGCGCAAAAAAUAUAUAGCUGUUCAAGUGACUCCAGUGCCUCUCUUCCUCUGUCUCAGGCUUUUACAAGAGCACUUUCUAAGUUUGAGGCUGCUUUAAAAACUCAUUCACAAAGCAGCAUGCCAUUAAUAAGCUGUCCCAAAUGCCAGUUGUGAGACUGGCACAAUGGGAGGCCUCGGCUGGAAUUAGUACUGCUUCAUGUCACUGGGACUGAGCAACUGUGCUCUUCUUUGGACCAUGAAGGUGUGAAAGUGCUAUGAUGUGAUGUGUUCCCACUCUUAUGAUGGAGAACAUUGCAAAUGGCUCUUUCCUAGCAAGCAUCUUUUUUCACCCCCUAUCUCCAGACAGCCAAUUCACAGAAUGGGACAAAAGACCUAGUCUAGCGUAGCCAUUUAUGAAUUGAUAUGGAAAGAGGAAACUGGAUGGGUAACAUAGUAUCUCCAGCUUUGUGUUAAUACUCCAAAGAUAUACAGUGGUCUUUCUUUUGGAUAAUCACCACAUUGAACAAAUGGAGAUCUGCUUGCAUUAAAGCUGCACUCCAUACGUUGCUUUGCUUGAGCAAAGUAGGGGUGGGGAGGUGAGGGGUAUAUUAGAAAUAAAUGUAAUAGUUCUAGGCAUGCCUGUCAACUGCCUAUUUUAGUUUCUUUAAAGUUGAGAGCUGGGUGAAAAUCUGAAAGCACUAGACAUGCACUGGAAGUGUUUAUUCCAAAGCAGGUUUAUUUGAACUGCCCGUUAACAGCUAACAACUGUACUAAGCAAGAUGGCUUUGGAUUUCCCAGGUAUGCAAUAAAUUAAACACUGACUGUUACUUUAAAAAAAAAGAAGCUGUUAUGUAAUUUUUUUAAAAAUUCAUUACAAUGAAGAUUCUUAGAUUCCAAGGCCAGAAGGGACCAUUGUGAUCAACUAGUAUGACUUCCUGUAUAACACAGGCUAUAGAACUUUCCCAAAAUAUGUUCCUCGCUAGGCAGCUAUGCAUCCUUUGGUUUUUAUCCAGUUUAGGAGAGACUCUUUCUUUGGCUGUGAAAUCAGCUUGCUGAGUUGAAAAAAGUGGUUGUACCGGUCCUAGAGUGAAACAAGCCCUGUUUUUCUUUUUAUGAGAAACAUCUGAGUGUAUCACUAGAAGAGACACUGAUCACUUUGGUGACAUCUUCCCAAGAAUAUGACCUUGAACACUUUUUAAUGUUCUCAUUAGUAUGAGUAUUCUCAUUCCCAACCUGCUAGUCUUGAAGCAUGCACUUACACACUGAUUCUGGUAGAGGCAUUAGACCUUGGUGUUAGAUGUACCCGACAGUCUUGUUUCAAAAGCUGUUCUACAGACAUCUUCAUAUUGUGUGAAUUUGACUUGUCACUCUCCUUUGUAUUCCCUUCAACUUGAGCCAUGUCUUUCAAAUACUCCUCUGUAUAAGGAGAUUUAAAAUAUGCUAAUCUAAGAAUGAAGUGAACAGUCUCUCCCAUUCUAAAUUAUAUGAUCAGAGUCUGAUCCCUUUGGUUUCACAAUGUUUUUCAAACAAAACUUGCAUUUCAUGUGAUCAAGUAUUGCCUUGACAUUCUUGCAUUCCUGUAUGUAUUUCAGUUUCUCAAAAAGAAACCUAAAAGCUUUCCAGUUAAAAAGUUUGAGUUGGCCUUUUGUCUUUAAAUUCAGUGACAUGACCCUUUCAUCCUUCUAAUGGCCUCAAAUGAACAUUGCAUGAGGUCCUAAAGAAUUCUCCUACAGCAUUACUGUAACAAAUGCCUUAGGAAACUUUGGAGGUAGGAGAAGAGUUUUUCCUUUUCAGCACCUUAAUUAGUUCACUGAAAAGGAGUUGCAUACAUGCCUCAAGGCGGGAUGGAACAUGAAAGUCAGACUUGGACUGGCCUCUGGAGCUAGAGAGAGAUUUCCCAGAUGGCCCCAAGACUCUGUUCCCCUCAAAACCCAACUGAAUGGUAGCUGAUUAAGCACAAUUCCAACUGUGGUGUAGAGCACCACCAAAGAAAGCAUGGGGGUGGGAAGGAGCAGUCGUUGGGAAUUUGGCCAAAAUCUUAUGUGGGUUUCCUGUGUUGCCUAAUAUCUGAAGUUAGCUUGCAACUGUUAACACAUAGCAUAGUGACACCAAAUUCAAACAAGAGGCUGUAUAUGGCAGGAGGGCAUCACACACUCCAGGCCAAAGACUCGGACACCUGAGCCUGCUAGAGAAUCACAACAAAGUUACUGCAGUGGAGCUUCCAACCCCCUUAUUGAAAGGGAGUAAAGGUUGUUCCCUUGAUCUGAGUGAUACAGGUGUUUGUGUAUGGGAUUGCAGAGAGGGGAAUAGACAUGUGAGCGACCUAGUCCUGCCCUCAGAGGUUCCUUCUCUUUCCUUGGAAGCGCUGCUUCUCCCAUCUGAGGCUGUGGAGAAUCCUAAAUUCAGACCCUAUUUAUUAAGAAUGACUGUUCUAGAACGUGAAGUGAUGGAUCUAGAAUGAACUGUGGACAUUUUAGAGAUGAAGGGGAAUGGGCGGGGGGGGGGGAGGGCAGAAAAUUACCCUCCAACAGGAUAUAGUGUACUUCCUGAUGUAGGAAAAUCCUGGACAGUAUAAAUCUGCUGUAGCUCACACAAUUUUAUAUAAAAUAUAUGUGAACAUAGUAAAACUGUGAAUAGAAGUUCAGCAACUGUUUAGAAAUCAUACUGCUUGUCAGAAUCCAAACUUCUUAUUCAGUAUGUACUGAACGAGAAAAAUCUUCUAAACUACUGAAUAAAUCUGGGGUCACCUAGGAAUCAUGUCCACAGAUAAAUUAGCAGUUAAGGUAAUUAAUGAAGUACACUGGAGGGCGCUGAUUGUAGAUAUACAAAAGGCUGUCAAACCCCAGUUUACUCCUACGUCUUUUAGCUGCCUUUAUUGCUGGAAGCCUUACUGAAGCUUUAUAUAGCAAAAGCUUUCCUACCCUAGCUGUAAGCUUAGUAAAAUAAAAGGGCAUGGAGCUAUGGUGAGAGAAUUCAUUGGUUUUUAGUAGACUUCGUCUGAAGCUGAAGCCAGUUCUAAACUGAAUCCAGAAACAGCCUAGCAAGAUUGUCCAGAAACUUAGCCUCUUCAAUCAAACAAUUCUGUAACCAUUGGCCCUGCAGGUUUUGGAGGUUUUUAAAGCAAAUUGUAGUUGAUCCAUAGAUUUAAGAACCUAGACUUAAACCAGAGGUCCUGAGCUCUGAAAGGUCAUCUAAACAGUUUCUGAGGCUUCUGCUGUUGGUCCUGCCACCAACUGGCAGAAAUGACAAGGAAAGGGGAAGGUUGAUGGGUCAACCAGACUUCUGCUUUCAUGCAAGAGUUUUAAUAACUUUAUACAUCUUGAAUUUUUAAUUGCUUUCAUGAAGUUUUUUUUAAAACUUGGAUAACUCUGGUUGAAUGUAAAUAUUUUCUGUACCUUCAAGUGCAUUGCAAAAUCUGAAUUCUGUAGUAUGAGAACUUGAUUACAAAAUGUGAUUUUUUUUUUCCGUAAAGCUUUCUAGAGACUGACUGUGAAAUAUGAAUGAAAUAAAGUAUGUGCCUGAAAAAU